AUGGAUGAACCUCCAACAUCAAGAACUCUCGAAACUCCACCAAGCCCUAACCCUACACGCCUCUCCAUGACCGACAGCAAUGAACACAACCUUAGCCAACUCGCACAAAAGUGCAUCAAACACUUUCAAGACUACGCUGACAUGCGAAGCCAACUAGCCCACAACGACGUUUCUGCUUUCUUCAUUAGCCCCUGCUGGUGCACCGACUGGGAAAACUGCAUGCUUUGGCUCAGUGGUUGUAGACCAUCUCAAUAUAUCCGUCUCGUUUAUGCCCUAAGUGGGUUGGAGAUCGCGGCCCAACUGGAUGAUAGUAACUCUCCUACCCAUUUGGGAUCGAGGUGUUACAUUCGCCUCAUCAACAUGUUACAAGGAAAGACGAUAAGAUCUGAGGAAAAGUUGACGGCCAGGAUAGAGAGCUUGCAGGAGGACGUGGAGGACCAGCCCAUUGCAGUGAUUGUGAAGGGAUUGAGCUGGGUCGGCGAGAUGAAUGGGGAAGUAAACAGAGCUCUGGACAAACAUAAGGAAGAAAUGGCGGGUAUUUUGGAAGAGAUGUAUAGGCUGAGGUUGAGCACGCUUAAGGAGUUGGUCGGAAUAUUGAUGCCGAAGCAGGCGGUGGAUUUCUUGGUGGUGGGUAAGAAGCUUCACCUAUGUGUGCAAGAGUGGGGCAAAAGGAGGGAAGACCUGAGGCAUGACAGAGAGGAAAUUAUAUCAUGA